CUUUCGGCUAAAUUUUAGGAUAGGACAGAAGAACAUUUUAGCGAUCAGUAUCUUCAGUUUCGUUCUACCAGAGCCCAAAUUGAAAUUUACACCGUAAACGCUGUAAAAUGUAUUUCCCGGAGCUCGCAACUAAGGUGAUUAAUUAAAGUAUGUAUUUUGAGCAGCGCUAUCUAGAAAGACCCGUUAAUUAAACUGAAUGCCGUGAACCAGCAGCUCUGACUGAGUGUAUUACAUUGCGCAGACAUCACAGAUCUGUCAGUGUGAUCUCCCAUCAAAACGAUCUAUUGUAUACAGUGCUGUGUAGAGACUCCAGUACAAUUAAUAGCCGUGAUAUACGGCAGAUAAGGAUCCCAUAUAUUGUGCAGACAUCACAAAUCUUUCAGUGUGAUCUCCCAGCAAAGCGAUCGCCUCCCAAAUGAAGGUCGUCGAAGUCUUCAUCUUGGCCGGCGCCAUCUUGCCUGUUCUGACGCUGGAAGGCAGCCAGGUGGCCACGAAAACUUACGUUAAUGUACGAACUGGUGUGGUGGUGAUGCCUGGGCUGGAGUCUCAGGCCUCCGACCCUCCGAUGCAAGGCGCGCAGAUGAGGAGCAGCUCUUCUUCUUCAGCUCGUCCACCGAGAUCUGACAUUCAACGCCAGUCUUCAUCCUCUGCAACUGCCCUUCUCCUGAGUAUGGGGACAACAUCUUUUUCCAGCGCAAAAAACUCUCAACAGGUGACGAUAAAUCCCAACAGAUACAAACAACCCGCCUUCAAGGGUUUGAAGGAAAAGAAAAGAAAAAGCCCCGUUAAGCCUCCAAAAGUAGAAAGCAUUAACCAUUCUGUCAUGCGCAUGGAUAUGAAAACAGGGUCCACUUCCGACGAGAGUAAAGGUAGACGCUAUCGUCGUUACACUUUGGAGUCAACCUCCACUAACAAUAGUGAGAUUAGCAGGACAUUUCAACUUUUAGACGAAGGGGAAGAGAAAAUCCAGUUAAGUGAACGAUACAGGAAUAUAACUUUAAUAUUAGGGAAUACAGGAGCCGGAAAGAGUACGUUUCUUCAGUGGUUCGCUGGGGACAAUGACAAGUUGAUAGCAAAAGAAAUAAGGGCGGGAACCGGAGAGUACCUCAUUGAUGAUGACGAUAGAAUCGGCAAUUCGACAAUAAAGUCCAAGACAAUUUUUCCAGAGUUAGUAGUUCACUCUGAAAUGGAUGAUGCUUAUUAUGAUUGCCCUGGAUUUAGUGACACGAGAAGUUUUAGCAUGGAAAUUGCCACAACCUAUUUUAUAAAAAAAGUGGCAGAUUUUGCUGAGCGAGUUAAAUUGGUCUUUGUUGUUAGUUAUCCUUCGGUUAGAAAGGGUGUAGAUAGACAAGAUUUCAUGAAAUUACUCAGACAUGCUACUGAUCUUAUUAAUGAUAUUGAUAAAUUUCGACAUAGCAUAGCCAUUAUGGUAACAAAAGUUGAUAACAUGCUUAUUAAAGUUGGUAGUGACUAUAGUUUAGUGCCAGAUGAGGUCGUUAUUGGGACCAUCGGCGACUUUCUAGAGGAGGUCAAGCAGGGGCUCGUGGAGCGAUUAGGCGGUGUGAGUGUUCACGAUGAACGAAAGAAAUUUUAUGUGCAAGCAUUAAAGUUUGUGAACACUUUAUUAAUCAAGGAUGGUGAACAGUUUUUGAGGAUUGGCAUGUUUAGAAGACCAGAUGGGCCUGGCCCACUGAGUAAUAUUACGCUUUUGCAACAGGGGAAAGAGCAUGUAGGAAAAAUAGUGAAUGAAAACCUCGUAUUUGUUACAACGAGCGCUGGAGAUUUUGGUUAUACGAUAUCUGAUACGUCCAAGGUGGAUAUUGGCGAGCUCAUAGAAGGAAUUAACAACAAUGUCUGGUCAAAUCUUCGAACAUUCUCAGCGCUCAUGCAGGAUUAUUAUCUUCAUGUAGUAGAGGAAAUGCGUGGCAAGAUACGCUCUUUUUCUACCGCUACCGAGGCUGAUGAUGUAGAUCCAUCGCAUGCUCAUUCAUUUUUUCAGGAUUUUUAUUCCGGGCAUACUCUCACAACAAAAUUAAUGGAGGAAUUUAAUAAUAUAACACCAGACCAGUUGGCUGAAAAGAUCAACAAUAGCUUCCCUAACAUAGGUACAGAUGGAUUUGCUCAGGCUAUGCUAAUUAUUGCACAACAAGGGAAGUAUUUCGAAUUUUUGCAGGUGGUGAGUGGUAGCGUAAAGAGAACUAGGGCAUGGGGUGACUUGUUGCAGCCCGUUGCGUCCUAUAUCUCUGACUCCAAAGAGGGCAUUCACAAGGAUAUCAAUGAUGCCGCAACGAAAAUAAUUUAUCAACAGCAAACUAACAUAUCAAGUAUCGCGAAUAAAAUUAAGGAAUAUUACCAGGGCCAAAUACGUUCUACGGAAAUUCAGCAAUUACUAAUUGAAUUAGGUACAGGUUACACUUCCAUCCUGACUUUAAAAGAAGAAAUGGAACGUUCAACCACGCUGGUAACAUUGUCAAGGAAGUUGCGAGAGAUCUUCUCCUGUGCUGAUAUCUAUAGAAUCAGUCGCUAUAUGCACAAUUUAUUUGAUUUGGAAAAACACCUGACGUUUUUACAAAGUAUAAGCGAUAAAAGAUUAGACACGCAGUUAGCGUCUCAAUUGGUAACUCCGCUCCAUGAAGCAGCAACCUAUAUCAAGGAAUCAUAUGGAUGGUAUGAAUUCUUGUACAACUUGUACGAAAAAUUGUCAACAUAUGACGUACAAGCACAUAGAAGUAGAUACAACGUAGCCAAUAUUGCUGACUGGGGGCAAGAAGGUAAACGUCAAGGAAUCUCUAUUACGCAUCACAACUUCAGACAUUUCUUGGUUAUGUUAAAACCAUUUGAUGUGAUUGGACAUAAAGACAUAGAAAAUAUAACGGUCGAUGAUUUGCGCGUCAAGGAAUUGAGCCUAGUUACGAAUCUGACGAUGAAAAGAUUUCAAGCAUCAUGCCAAUCAAAUAAACUCACUAUAAAAGGAGAUUCCAUCAAAUUUAGUGAAGCAAUAUUAGAAAUUGCGAAUUGUAAAUGCAACACCGUUGAAAUAUUUGCUCUGAACAAAAUAUUUAUUGACGAAAAUUUAAAUAAAAUAGGGGAAAAGCUCAAACUUACCAUGAUAGCCCCGACAUGGGAGGUAAUAGGUAAAAGAGUUAUAAACUUAAGUGGAGCUGACGGUCAGCUGCAUAAUUCCACGAAGGCAAGGAACGGCAGCACAGACUGGGAGAAUUACAGUCCUCGUGGAGCUGACGGUAUGCCAGGCUUCCACGGUGGGCCGGCUGGCAGUUUUUUUGGCAUUGGCACAACAUUUAAUAAUGGGAAUAUGUUAACUAUUACUGCUAGUGGUGGAAAUGGUGGAAGUGGUCAGCAUGGCGGCGAUGGGGAAGAUGGUCGUGAAGGGAAUUCUCCCUUAAGAAGUUUUCGCAAUUCUAGGUCAGAAUGCGCCUGCUGGGAUGUAUGUACUCGUAAUAAUAGUUGGUUUUUUACACCUGUGAUGACACAGUCGGUUUUUUGCGACUGUGGCGCCAAUAACUGUGUUCACAACUGUGAUGAAGAAAGCCGGGUAGAGAUGUCUACAAUUUUUUGUCUCAGUCUAAUGUACACAAUUCGCAUUGAAGGUGAAGAUGGCACAAAUGGUGGAGAUGGUGGGGAUGGAGGACCAAAAGGACUCGGGGGUAAAUCAGGUGAUAUUAAGAUAGUUACGUUGGGUGGUGAUUCAAGAAUAACAAGCAUUAAUAAUGAUGGGAGAGAUGGAAUAUCAGGCAGAGGUGGUCAAGGAGGAGCUGGUGGAAAGCGUGGGAAUUCCCUAAAAGUGAAGUGCAGAGCCUCUUACUGCUUUUUCAUUCCAAAAUACAGUUUCCUAGAUGAAGAAGAAAUAAAUGGCGGAUACACUCUUCCUGGAAGGAAUGGAAGGGAUGGAGAUAAUAGGACAAAUAUUCAAAGCCCAGAACCAGCAGCCAUCAUUGAUUUUAAAGCGGAGAUUAUCAACGACUAUAAAAAUUAUGCGAGAGAAAACCUCCAAGUUGAUCGUGGUGGCCUCAUUAGGAAAAAUGAUCUCAUCCAAUUUUUCAGUGAAUUGGACAUUAGUAGUGAUGUUAAACGCUUGUAUGAUACGUCAGGAUUCUUAAGGGAGCUUCGAGGCUUAGAAAGACAAUUUCAUCUAUUACAAGAGAAAGAUUUGAUAUUCUUUUAUGAAUCAUUAUUAGAUAGGAUCAAUGCAUAUGCAAAUGAUUUUACAACUAAAGAAAUAUUGAAAGAACAUAAUAAGACGCUCGCCUAUGUGUAUACAGCUGUUUUGAGUAAGCUUUAUGAUUUGAAAAGCGAUUCAGACGCAACUUUGAUCAUAGAUAUAAAGGGAUAUUUUGAUAUAGUGAAGACUAAUAUGAACGCCUUGGCAAAAUUACAAGAAAAAUAUAAUAAGGUGAGCAUAUUAAACGAUUUUAGGGAUCAAUAUAAAGUCGAUAUCGACAAAAAAAUGGAAGAAUUUAAGCGUUUCAUCGUAGAAGAGAUUACACCUGCCAUAGAUCAAAUGCACGAGCAGAUAGAUGAUAAAGUGGACCUGCUACUGUCUGAAAUUAAAGAACUGCAAAAAGAGGCUGACAACAAGAGGGUUGAGUUACUCAAGAAGAAGAAGGAUUUAGAACAUGCAUUAGUUCUUUCUGACCUGUUUGGUAAUUUAAAAAGUGUAUGGCAAGUAGCAGAUAUGUUGGGAACUGUUGGAGAGGCACUGAAGGGGCUCAUAGGAGCCUUAACUUCGGUAUCGGACGCUUUUGUUUCAGGCAAUCAGACCGCGCAACAACAUCCACCAUCUUUGCCUUUGCGUGUUACGGCUGACCUCCGGCUGUUGGAAGCUCAAGUCAAAAGUACCAAGGACAAACAACUGACGAAGAACAAUCAAAUAUUAGAUUACAUAGGUCAUGAAAUCACUUCAAAUGCAUUGCUGAAUGACAUACGAGAAAGCCUACACAAAAUUAAAAGGGGUCAAUUUCCAAUUCGUGAUGCUAAUGGAGCACCAAAUCUCAAACAGUUUUCAGGGGAGCUUAUGGUCAAAAUCAAGAAGUUACUAUUAACGAAAGAAAACGAACUGAGGACUAAUACAACAAUCGAUGAAGAAAAUGCAGCACAGGCAUUAGGGGCCAUAGCUAAAGUUCGUCAGUUGAUCCAGAUUAGUGAAGUGAGCACUGACACGUAUGUCAAAAACAAGGAUGAUCAGGCGAAACUUGAUGCGCUGAGCAACGCUAUCCAACAGGCAGAAGAAGAGCACAAGAGGCUUAAGCAAUAUGAAAAUAGAAUUGAAAGUACAUUAGCACCAACCUUAGAAAAUAUGGAUGAAUAUUUCAACGAAAUAGACAGCAAGCUGGUUACAAAAUCUCAAGUUGCGCUUGACGUAAACAAAUGGCAGGUUCAGAGCGUGCUCAGAGACAUAAAAUUAUCCGUGCAUCAGUUAACCAAAGAAUUCCAAGUAGGUGAAGAUUUAAAGCGUUGCAUUGAAAAGUUGGAAGAAUCUAUGACCACUUUAAUCCAGAUAUAUGAUCGCAUCCAUGAGUACCAGGAUCAACAAAACUUAGCCAACUAUAUUGCAGCCGUCGCCGCUUACCAUGGUCCUGAUGAUGUUGAUCAAGUUGAAUUAGAAAUAGUCAUUAGGUCUAACCUUAUACUGAAGCAAUACAAAACAGCUGUUAAUGCAUUCAAGCAGUGGGUGUUCCCGUUUGCUGGUCUUUAUCUAGAAAGGUUUGUGUUUCCAUCCCAUCUUGAGUUUAAUUAUGGCAAUAUUGAAGAUUUGGCUACAAAGGCCAUAGAACAAAUAGAAUAUAUAAAAGCCCGAAUAGAUGAAUAUAUGACCAUCAGGAUAUUUUAUAGCCAUCACGAUUCUUCCCAUUCGUUUUUCGUAUGGAGAAAUGAGGACCACAAAAUGGAGAUAAGCAAGCUAUUGUCUGGCGAAGCAAUAGUAGUUAAAGCUGACAUAAAAGGCAGUGCACCAGACAAAGAUGCCAUUAAGUUCAAUUUACUAGAAAUCAACCUCAAAGUAACUAAUGCGACCAGGCAGCUGGAGCUAAACGAUAAACUUAGAAGCUUCAAGGUUAGUGCUACCCACUUUGGUAAUUCAUAUUAUAGGUAUGAUGAUAAGUUGUACGUUAUAGGCAGUCUUAGCCAGAACAUCGAAUAUUCAUUUGAAAAAGACGUUAAUGGAGUACCAAUACAUAGGAAUCAGGUGUAUAAUAAAAUCAAAGCAGGUGAUUCCAUGCUAAGUCCAUAUGCUAUGUGGAAAAUUCAGUUAGUACAACUCAAUCAUGCGAUACCUUUCAAUCAACUAGUGAUGUAUAGAGAUGAAGCUGACUUGGAGUUAGUAGGUAGCGGUUGGUAUGUUACCAAUAGCGCUGGCAUGCCAAACCUGAAUGUCGAGAAGUACUAUAGAGCAGAUGAUGCUUUGUUCUUCAUUGACUAUGAUAUGUACGAUCCAUACGAGCUCCUCGAAUUAGGCGACAAUGACACAUAAUGUUUCCCAUUUUUACGAUAUGACAUUAUCCCAUUAUUAUAUGAUAAUUUUUUCCCAUUUUUUGAAGGUUUGACCUUAGACAAGGACCUAUCAGUGCUGCGUUUGCUCUAUCCUCGUGCUGUUGGUAAGAAAGUGCCAAUAUUUGGAAAAUAUGACCCGUCUACUUUUCUGAAUGUGCGCUGGGACUUUGCUACAUAUCUUUGCAAGGUUGACAAGAUUGACCUCGGGAGUCUACUGCUUGUAUAAAAAUGACGGUUCCUGACAGCAUUAUGAUUUACCCAACACUGACGUGUCACUAAAAUAAAAAGCGGGCGUGCCAGGGUAGGGCAGCAACUUGCAGUGCCCCGAAUACCGCGCGAUUGAGGCUAGGGCAGCAACUUAUAGUGGGCCGAGUAUCGCCUGAGCCCGACUAGGACAGCAACUUAUAUAGUGGGCCGAGUAUCGCAUGAGCCAGGCUAGAACAACAACUUGUAUUGACCGUGUACCGCACGAGCCAGGCAAUGGCAGCAUCGUAGUGACCUAAGUACCGCGCGAGCCUGGCUAGUACAGCAACUUGAAGUGACCCAAGUACCGCGCGAGGCAAGCUAGGGGGGCAACGCGGUGAAGUGACCCGAGUACCGCGCCAACCAGGCUAUGGCAGCAACUUGGAGUGGCCCGGGGCCAUACUUUCAAAACUCGCUAAGUGAACGUAAGUACUUACACUCUAUUUUCUUGCUUAUGAUUGGUGAACUUUGCUCGGAAGGCCGUCAAUGAUUGGCUGAUGAACUUACGAUCUCUUAACUUUUUUUGAAAGCAUAGGCCCCGAUCAGUACCGCGCGGGCAAGGCUAGGGCAGCAAAUUUUGUGAGCCCGAGUGCCGCGCAAAUCAUUAAUUGAUGAACUGAUUUCAUUUGAAGGUGAUGUUACUGAUGAUUGUGUCAUUUGUCGCACCGAUUAAUAGAAUUCUAGCGAUUAACAUGACUUAAUGCUGAUAAUUGUAAAAGAUAGACUAGGGCCCUCAAGUAUAGACAUAGAUGAUAUUCUAGCUUCAUUUUAAUUGCUUUAUUAUUGAAUAUGUAUUCAACAAUGAAUGUAAUCGUUUGUGUCCGUAUAGUUAAAAAUUUGAACCGUAACCUAAGCUGUUUGUAAGAUAUUUUUUUAAUAUACUUAGUUGGAUCGUUGUACUUUUGCGGCUGGGACAUUGCGCAAGCGUAUAAUGACUACUUGAGAGCCACAGGUGAAAACGAUAUCGUGAUGUCUUCUUCAUUUCUUGAACUAAAGGGGGUGAUUUUAAAAGUAACCUUGUUCAAACUUUCCUCUUGAGGCGAUACAUUUGAAUAUUAUGAACGUGUUAAUAAUUGUUGUGUAAUAAUAAUUAGAUGAUAAUUUAUUAAGCUGCAGACCAAUGAAGAUCUCCAGCUUUAUUUUGGAUUUGAUGAAGACUACGGAGACGGAAAGUAUGUCGUGACUUGGUCGUAAGGAACGUUCAUUUAUAUUUCAAUGUGGUUGAUGUUAUGAAGUACAUAUAAUCUUACAUACAUGUAUUUGUCAAAGUUUUUGUGUGUGUUUAAACUUUAUGCCUAGCCCCACAUAACUUAGGCCUGUUCGGGCGCGUAUCCACAUGUACUAAUCAUGUCGCGAUAUUACCAGAAGCUUGUUGGAGAAUAAUAAUUAAGAAAUUGAGAAACUUUGGGGAAAUAUGAUCAAAAACUGAAAUUCGAUUUUUGAACUGAUAUAUCAUAAUUUAAAUUAAAAAUAAUAAUUUGAUUUAAUUUAUAUAAUUUAAUUUUUACAAUUUUGAAAUGAGAGUCUAUAUAGUGCAAUAUCCACGUUCAAAGCAGGGAAAACAAACAACGUUGUGCCGCUCUGGAUUUGUCAGCCUAAGUAUUGCAUGGAUGCAUGAAUAGAAUAUAUUGUUAGAAAGGCUGGUCAUUGUUAAAAUGUAAAUUCUUGUCAAUAUCAUUAUUAUUCCAUUGCUUUUGCUCACAGAAUCUGUCUCUCGGACGAUCAUGAUUGUGCAUUCGCGGCUUGACUGAUAGAUAGUUUUUGAUAGAGGGAUAGUUUCUGUAACUUAUAGGGUUCUCCCGAAUUGUUUCUAUUUCUACUUAUUCUAUUCAACUUUAUAGACUGUUGAUAACCGCAAUAACGAAAUUUAAUUGGUGUUUCUUCCUAUAUACAACGAUAACAUAAUUCGGUGUUUAAAGAAAAAAAUAUAUAU